UUCUCCCCCUCUGUUCUUCUUCAGCUGGGUUUCUGUUCGACAUCCCCAGGAUCUUCGGAGACGAUGCCACGGGUUACGGGCCGGUGUUCGAGGAGCAGCCCCAGGACCUGAUCUACCCCGAGGAGUCGGCCGACACCAAAAUCUCCAUGAACUGCAGGGCGCGAGCAAACCCACCAGCCAAAUACACGUGGAGGCUCAAUAACUGGGAGCUGAAGCUCCUGGAGCAGCCGGACGAGCACUACAGCCUGGUGGGCGGGAACCUGGUGAUCACCAACCCCAUAAAGGGCAGGCACGGGGGGAGAUACGUGUGCGUGGCCUCCAACGUGUACGGGAUGGUGUACAGCAAGGAGGCCAUCGUCCGGUUCGGCUACCUGGAGGACUUCUCCGUGGAAGAGCGCGAGGCCGUGCCCGCGAAGGAAGGACAGGGGGUGGUCCUUCUGUGUGCCCCUCCCCCGCAUUACCCAGAUGAUCUGACUUUCCGCUGGAUACUGAACGAGCUUCCCUACUUCAUCCUGCCGGAUAAGCGGCGCUUUGUGUCCCAGAGGACGGGGAACCUCUACAUCUCCAAAGUGGAGCUGUCGGACAGCGGCAACUACUCCUGCUUUGUGUCCAGCCCCUCCAUCGCCAAGAGCGUCUACAGCCAGUUCAUCCCCCUGGUCCCCAGUCCAGAAAGUCCAGCUCGGAAGUACCCCGCUGACAUAAGGCUGAAGCUACCAGACACUACCGCUCUGCUGGGGCAGAACAUCACCUUGGAAUGCUUCGCACUGGGAAACCCCAUCCCGGAGAUCCGCUGGCGGAAGGUGGACGCCGAGCUCCCGGCCAGCCACGAGAUCGGCAUGUCGGGCUCGCUGCUGCACCUCUACAACGUGCAGUACGAGGACGAGGGCAGCUACGAGUGCGAGGCGCUCAACACCAAGGGCAAGGACUGGCACCGGAUCUGGCUCUACGUGGAAGCCGCUCCGGAGUGGGCGUCGCACAUCAACAACACGGAGAAGGACAUCGGCAGCGAGCUGACCCUGUCCUGCCAGGCCAACGCCAAGCCGUGGGUCUACAUCCGCUGGCUGAAGGACGGGUAUUCGUACGGGAAGGGCGAACUGAAGUUCAGCAGCCUCACGUUCGCGGACUCUGGUAUGUACCAGUGCAUCGCCGAGAACAGAUACGGAAUCAUCUACGCCAACGCUGAGCUGCGCGUCAUUGCCUGUGCCCCCACGUUUGAGAAGAACCCCGUGAGGAAGACUCUUCUUGGGGCGAGGAAGGGGCGCGUGGUGAUCGAGUGCAAGCCGAGGGCCGCCCCCAAACCAAAAAUCAUCUGGAGCAAAGGGACAGAGCAGCUUCGCAACUCCUCACGCCUGCGCGUCUGGGACGACGGGAGCCUGGAGAUCCUGAACGCCACGCGGCAGGACGAGGGCACGUACACCUGCUUCGCCGAGAACGACCGCGGGAAGGCCAACAGCAGCGGCGUGCUCACCAUCGUCGAGGCGACCAAGAUCACGACGGCGCCGGACUACACCGAGGUGACGGUCGGGAAGACCGCGCGAAUGGCGUGCGCCGCAUCGCACGACCCGUCCCUCGACGUCACCUUCGUCUGGUCCGUGGACACGCACGUCAUCGACUUCGACCGGGAGACCGAGCACUACGAGCGCGUCACGGCGUACCAAUCGAGCGGAGAGCUGAGGAUCAGGAACACGCAGCUCAAGCACGCCGGCCACUACACCUGCACCGCCCAGACCAUCGUGGACAACGCCACCGCCUCCGCCGACCUCAUCGUCAGGGGCCCCCCGGGGCCCCCGGGCGGGCUGCGGGUGGAGGACUACAAAGCCCAGACGGCCCGGCUGGUGUGGAGCCGAGGCGCCGACCACCACAGCCCCAUCCUGCGCUACACCAUCCAGGCCCGGGACUCCCUCUCCCUGGACUGGGAGGUGUGGAGGAACAUCACCACCGCCCCUCCCAUCCUGGAAGGCAUGGCGGAGAUGGCCAACCUGGUCGACCUGACGCCCUGGACGGAAUACGAGUUCCGCGUCAUAGCGACGAACGCCCUGGGGAUGGGGGAGCCCAGCGUCCCCGCCCCCAAAAUCCGAACGUGGGAAGCAGUUCCUACAGUGCCUCCGACUGACGUCGGGGGAGGAGGGGGGAUGAGCAAAGAGCUAACGAUCACCUGGACGCCCGUGCCACGGGAGUUCUACUUCGGCCGGAACUUCGGCUACGUGGUGGCCUUCAAGCGGCACGACUACCUGGACUGGAAGUGGGCGACGGUGGCCGACCCGGAGGCCCGGCGGUACGUGUACAAGGACGCCUCCAUCGUGCAGGUCACCGAGUACCAGGUGAAGGUCAGGCCCUACAACAGCCAGGGGGAGGGGCCCUACAGCCUCACCGCCGUCAUCUACACCGCCCUGGACGUGCCCACGGAGGCCCCCGCGGACGUCGGGGCCAGCGCCCUCACCUCCACCGAUGCCCUGGUGUGGUGGCUGCCAGUCUUCCAACAGCCCGUGGACGGGUACCAGAUCAGGUACUGGAGGAAGUACUACGACAAUGAGGCGGCCGCCAACCGGCUCUUCCUGAACCGGACCAUGGAGAACCAGACGCGGCUGUCGGAGAUCCUGCCGUACUGGCACUACCGGGUGGAGUGGCGCUACUACAACGAGGCCUGGAUCGGCACCCGGCUGGAGAACAUGCUGCCGGACUCGCACUACAUGGUGGAGGUGCGGGCCUACAACGACGCCGGCUUCGGCCCCCCGGGGGAGAUCUGCGAGAUGUUCACCAAGAAGCCACCUCCUGACCGCCCCCCAAGAUUAGUCAGGUACUACGACCUCUUUCGCACCUAUUUAUAUAUAACGUGGACCCACGUGGAACCCAUGUACAACGAGUCCAGGAUCGAGGGCUACAAGGUUAUGAUCAAGAAGGAGGGGCACUUCAGAGGCAAACUCAUGCUGACGGGCAGGCAUUACAUGUUCAUGGCCGUUCCCUCUGAGGGGGACCUCUUGGUGGAGGUCCGGGCGCGCAGCGAGGGCGGAGACGGGCCCAUAUCCCGAAUACGAAUUUCAGCUGGGGCGGUGCUCAGUGCUCGGUCUCUGGGCGUGGUCCCCCUGCUGCUGGUGGGCCUGUGCUCACUCUCUCUCUAAACGCCCCCCCCACCCCCACCCCACCCCACCCCACCCUCGGCUGCGCAGGACUGCGCAGACUGCACCUGCAAAAGACACUGCCUCUCCCCACAGUCCCGGGACCACGGCCGUGCACAAGAGUCAUCUGGGAAACAUUCGGGAAGGGCGCAAGAAGGCAGGGAAAACCCCUAUCGUAGUUCACACAGAAUCAAUAUGGAGGAGCGUCGGAGGAGUCCUUUUAACUCGUUCAGUAUGCCUUAUUUACGCACUUACACUGAUCUUUUGCACAGUUUGCAUGACUCGGUCCAAAGGGGCAAGUUUCUGCCCAGUAAGCUCCUGCACAGAGCACUGUAUUCCAAACAACGUUGCCAGAUGCCUGAGUUAAUUCCCCCUAAAAAAAAACUCCUCAAAAUCCCCCAUCUUCAGUUGACUGAAAUUUUUUCGCAAUUUUACCCCCUAUACGUCCUUUUAAAAUCCCCCAUCUGUCAUUGCCUCCCAUACAUUUUACUGUAAAGAUUUAUCCAAUCAAUUUUUUAUAUCCUUUACAAUAAGGAUAAAAAUCCCCCAGUCUGGCAACCAACCCUUCACGUCAUAGAUAAACCGAUUAUGUAAUAAAUUAUACGAAUUAGGAAGUCGGCAGUUGUGAAAGAUAAGUGUAAGAGUAACUUAAUUCGUCUUUCACUGUACAUAGUUCGCUACCAUGGUCAAUUGCUUUCCCCCUUUCAUUGAAAUAAGAUGAAGCACUUUGUCACAGUCAAAACAAACUACAGUUUAAUGCUCUGGAUAUAUAUAUAUAUAUAUAUAUAUAUAUAUGUAUAUUGUUCCACAGUAUAUCAUGUACAAUCGUCAUACCAGAUAUGAUAACGUGAAACGUCUCAUUUCGUGUUGCUUAUAGAAGCUCAUGAGUCGUGUCUGUCCAGUGUUCGAAGUGGGACCAACAGCCAUAUUGAGAUGUUUUGCUUCAGGACUGUACGGUGCUACCCUUCUCGCCCCAGCUCUCUUCACAUCUCCCAAAUUCAAUAGUGUGGCAGUUGUUCUUUCACAACGUUGCCACCGGCGACGUUCCAAGAACACUACACGUUGGCCGGGAGCACUGAACCCGAAGCAGGUGCAGGGUUAAUUGGGAAUUACCAGUUUGUAAUCAGAAAAAAAAAAUGUUUUGACUAUUAUUUUUAACUGUAGCUUUUGUCCUCUGUCACAUGCUUGUUCUGUCUGUGGAGAACGAUGUCAGUUUGAUUUUAGCCACCGUAUACCUGUAUGUUCUAGUUCCGAGCGUGAUUGACUGUGUGCAUUAACCUUAGACCAGGUGGGUCAAUUGCAGUGUGCUUAGCUGGAAUUUUAACCUCAGGUUUAAACCCCUAGAUCACAGACCUGCAGUACAACUGGAAGGGCUAUCUAAAUCUGUAAAAUCAGGACUAGCUGUUCCAGUUGUAAUGUAGUUCUGUGGUAUAGUGGUUUAAACAUGAGGCCUAGACUCCGGCUAAGCACACUGCAAGUGAUUCGGUGUGUCCAAUCUUAACCAAACAGAGCCAGUGUGGGUCGAGGAUUUCGUUUUAUCCCGGCACUAAGACCUGAUUCUAGAUCACGAUUUGUCAAUUAGUUGAAUCAGGUUUCAUAGUGCUGGGCUUAAACAAAAACCUGCACACACACUUGCCACCAGAUAGAAGCAUUGAAGUUAGCAGAAAUCAUUGUUCAGCUUUAAAAAAAAUCUUUAUUGCAAUAUCAUUUUUGUAGAAUGUUUUUUUCCUGUUUGUUUUUACAUUUUUUACAUGAUACACGAGAAGAUAGUUUCAUGCAUCACCAAAUGUUCUUUUAUAUUUUAUUUGCUAUUGACUGUAUAAGAGAUUUACCAUUUCAGUGGCUGUAGACCUAUAUGACCAUAAAUUUCAAAAACAGCCUUCAUGUUGCACUGCAAAUCCAAAAAACGAUAGCAUUGCUACUGCGUUGUGAAUGUGAUAUCAAGAGUAUCAGCAUCUUCAGUUUUUACUGCAUAGGCUACGUAGCUAUCUGCUCACCUAAAAAUAGCUUUGCCAAAUGCAUGAAUGCCAGAUCUGCGCUACACAGAGGACGCUAUACAUUUUAUUGCACAUGACGAGAGAAACGCAUUUACCGAUGGGAAUUCUCGCGUUCUGAUCCAAUUCGCGGCCAGUUCCGAACCGCGUUCGCGGCGUAGGUCCUGGAUUCCACGCGCCCUCUCUGUCGCGGGCAAUGUCCAUGAGCCUCGCCUCUGUGCUGUCCGCUCAAAUAAAGCCAGUCUUCUCAAUUAAAGUUUAUAUGGACAAAACCAAA